CCUUCCGCGAAGUUUUCUUGCGCACGCGCAGUGCUGGUCUCGGUUGCUCUUUUGCUCAGUGUUUAUCCUACACAUUCCCCUUUCCCUGUUGCAUUUAUUGUCAGCGCCCGGCCCGGUUUUGCUCACCGUGAAGAUGGCGGCUGAUGCAUAUUCAGCCAGGCUACGGGACAGACGUGGGCACCGACCAGGAGGACCAGGAGCUCCUGCCGUUACCUCUAUGGAUUUGGACGCCGCGACUUUGGUGCUAGGAGCUGGAGUUACUGUGCUCACCCACCCGCUACUUUACGUGAAGCUUCUAAUUCAGGUUGGUCAUGAACCUCAGCCACCUAUAAUGGGAACUAAUCUUUUUGGCCGUAAAGUUCUUUACCUGCCUGGGUUUUUUUCUUAUGCCCGGUACAUUAUCAAGGUAGAUGGAAAAAAAGGCCUAUUCCGAGGCCUGACGCCCCGGCUCGUAUCCAGUGCCAUUUCCACAGUGGUGCGCAGCAGAGCCAGACAGGCCAUUCCACUGAGUGACAUGGAACAUGUGUCCAAUAAAGAUGACAUCAAAACUACUCUUAACAAAGUUGUCACUGAGACCUCCCAUGAGAUGGUGGUUCAGUGUGUUUCCUGGGUUCUGAUUCAUCCAUUCCAUGUGAUUUCUGUACGUUGCAUGGCUCAGUUUGUUGGGAGAGAGGUGAAAUACAGUGGCUUGUUUGGCUCUAUUGUGAGAAUCUACAAAGAAGAGGGACUUAUGGGGUUUUUUGUGGGACUUGUGCCUCACUUAAUGGGAGAGGUCAUAUUCCUUUGGUGCUGCAAUUUGUUGGCCCACUUAAUUAACACUUACGCUGUGGAUGACAAUUUCACCCAUGCACCAGCAGUGAGAAGCUACACAAGAUUUGUAAUGGGGAUGGCUGUCAGCCUACUCACAUACCCCUUUCUGGUGGUAACAGACCUGAUGGCCAUUAAUAACUGUGGGUUGGUGGCUGGAAAUCCUCCUAAUUUCCCAGUCUUCAAAUCCUGGAUACAUUGCUGGCGGCAUCUUGGUGCCAAGGGUCAUUUAUUCCGUGGAUCCAGUUUCUUUUUUCGGCGAGUUCCCAUGGAGACAGCCAAAUUCACAAUAGAAUGAAAUGAAAAACAUUGUUAUUUAUGUGUCAUGGUAAAUGGGCUCUAUGAUAUUGUUAAAUUGAUAAGUAUGACCGUUUUUACAUUUUAAGAUAUUAAUUUUGGAAUUACCUGUUCUAUUAUAUUUUAAGGAAGAUAAUAUUUUUACACAGCAAUUAUUUUGUCUCCAUCUUAAGGUUCUAUAUUUUUUUUCUUAAUGAUGGUUUUCUUGCCCUUUUAACUCUGUACAAGAAUCAUUACAGUAGUACAGUAUACAUGAAAAUUUUAGUAAAAUAUCUUAAAUGGAGACUGAAGGAAUUUUUAUUAUAUAAAUACAGGAUUUAAAAUUUCCAUAGGGUAAUUUAUUAUAUCUAACUCAUAUUUUAUGGGAGUACUUUUUAUUAUUUUUUGGCUACAGCGUAUAACUUAGGGAUCACAUAAAAAAAAAAAAAGUACAGUCAACUUUGAAUUUUUUUUUUUUUUUUGGGUAAAGCCCACAUUCUGUUCAGGGUAAGAAUCUUGAUAUAUUUGUGCAAGAUGCUGUUCUAUGCUGGUAAGAAUAAGAUACUCCUGGAGUCCAUCACAAACGUCUGAAAAGAGUUAAUAGACAUAGGACCUGUAUUGAUUUAAAGUUUGCUGUACUGGUAAUGGCACUGUGUUAGUCCAUUUCUAAGACUUGAUGGUCACUGUACUGACGUCUGUUUAAGAAUAUACAUGUGACUAGUUCAGUAAGAGUGCAGAGAUUUUCAUGGAAACAAAGUUGACGAAAUGGCCAAAGGAAGCACUUGUCCUUUUCACAAGUGUUCGUUUUGUACAUACUGUAAAAAGAGUUUAAGUCCUGAUAAUGUUUUACUUUACAGUUAUUCUGAUGCUAACAACAGUAAGGAGUUUAUCCUUCAAACUAAAUGUGUAAACAGGAACAUACAGUUAAGUGAAAAAGUAAAUACAUCCCAUGGAAAUUGUUGGCCUAUUUGUACAAGUGAACAGUUGAUCUUCAGGUACAGUAAACACGUGAUACACUUGAAUAAAAACCCAAGGCUCAUUAUGUAUUCAACAAAAAUGUAAAUCGAAGUAAUGGUCUACAGGGGAAAACGUAAGUACACCCUUGGUCUCAAAAGCUGGUUUUGCCCCCUUUAACAGAAAUGACUUUUUGUAGGCAUUUUGCAUGAGUGCCCAUCACUCUCUGACAUUGCCUCAGUGAAAUUUUGGACCACUCCCCCAUUCAAAAUUCCUUCAGUUCCAAGAUGUUUGUCGGUUUUCUUGCGUAUACGACCUGUUUCAGUUCUCCCCACACCAUUUCAGUUGGAUUCAAACAGACCUUUGAUUAGGCUAUUCCAGUACCCUCCAUUUCAUCUUUUGAGCCAUUCUUUGGUGGAUUUGCUAGUGUGCUUCAGUUCAUUAUCAUGUUAAUAGGUCCAUUUCCAGUUCACCCUUAACUUUCAUGUUUUCCUCAAGCACACUUUGAUGUGAUGCAGAAUUCAUAGUUCAGUGAAUGACUCCAAGCUGCCGAGGCAACAAAGCAACCCCAAAUGAUAACAUUUCUACCAUUUUCAAGUUGGUAUAAGGUUCUUCUCCUGAAAUGCUGUUUUUAAUUUGUGACAAACAUGUCUACUGUUACUGUAGCCAAACAACUCUUUCUUAGAAUCAUUUGUCUAGAGGCCAAUGUUCCUGACAAUCCAGUCUUUAAACAGAAAGGCAACGUCAAACUGUAAUGUUGUGCCAAUAUCCUUUUUGAACAGCAAAGGCUUUUUCCUGGUGUCUCUAACAUACAGGUCAAAUCUGUGCAAUCUUUCUGACUGCAGAUACAUGCACUUUGACACCAACUUUUGCAAGAGUUACCUGCAGUUUCCCCAGUGAACUUUUAGGGUUCUUGGAGACUUCUUUUAGUAUCAAAAGGUCAGCUAUUAGACUGGAUUCGCUGGGCUAACCAGUCCUGGCCAAAUUAACAGUCACUUGACAUCUACAUCACUGGUAAAUGAUUUUCCGCACAGUGGAAUGAUUGAUUUUUGAAUAAUUCAGCAAUCUUUAAUUCCCUUGCCAGACUUCCAAGCAUCCACAACCUUCUUUCUGAGGGCCUUGGAGAGCUCUUUUAAUUUUCACAUGAUGACACCACACACAUCUGUAGCAAAAGAGAACACCACAGCGUCAAAUUCCGAGCUCUAAUUUGGACCAGUUCCACCUGCAUACUCCUUAAGAAGGUUCUAAAUAUUGGCACCCACUCUGGAACACUUGAUUGUAAUUUUAUGGAUUUGAAGUGGUGAUAAAUGUAGGGGUGUACUUACUUUUUCCACAUGACAAAUCAGCAUUUCUGCUAAUUUAGCUUAUGAAAAUGAGUACACCAUGUCAAUUGUAUGUGUCAUUUGUUCAAGUAUAUCACCUUUACACGGAGGACUGGCACGGUUUGCAUGAAGAUCUACUCAAAAAUGUUGAAAAGGUUCUAUGAGGUGUACUUACUUUUUCACAUUCCUGUAACUUAUUAAGUAGCACUUGCAAUUCAAGGUUUUUGUUUUUACAUUGACCAGUUACCAUUUGCAGAAAUGAGACGGGAAGUUAAUACCCUGUAUUUAUGACAAAUUCAAGGUCUUUGUUGUUAAACUAUUUGUAUACCAAAAAGAAGAAAUCUCAAAGUUCUGUAAAUACUUAUCAAAAUGCUAACAAUGAUGUGUAAAAAUAUUUUGUUGCACCACUGACCUCGCUUUUAUUAAUAUAUUUAUUUUACUUGAAUAAGGAUGUUUGGGAGAUUAGCUUUAUCAAUAUGCAAGUCAGAACUGGCAAAUUAAUAAGACUAAACUCAAAAAUCUUCCAUAUUUUCUUGCUGCAUUUGUAUCACAAACUCAAACCACAGCAAAAUUGCUAGAUAAGCCAACUCUUGACAAGUUUACAGUAUUAUUUGAAAUCCAUUCUAAUUCCAUAAAAUAUUGCACCUUUCUUAAUAUUGUGCUAUUUUUCUUUAUACUGUAGUAUGGAUCAAUGCUGCAGGACAUCUUACAUAUACACAAGCCAGUAUUUUUGAGUAAAUCUUAGACUUUUAGCUAAAGUAUAUUUUAAUUACAGACACAUUUUAGUUAUGUGCAUUAUUUGUACACACAACUAAGCUUCUAAGUUUAAGUUUACUUAAAUAGAUCUGUUUUCCAACUGUCUAGUCAUAACUUUAAUUGAUUUAGAUUUUUUUAUUUUGGCAAUUAGUGAUCAUACAGUGUAAGAAAUCACAAUAGCACUGGUGCAAGGUUUAAUAUUUUCGAGUAUUAACUACAAAGCCCUAUAGAGAACUAGUCUAAGUAAAGAUACAUUUAUUUUGCUUUAAAAAAUUCAAUUUCAAAAUUUUUUUUAACAAUGCUUAGCUUUAAGAUUGGUGCUAUGAACAUAAUUUUCCUUGCCAUUUUAAUUAAAAUUACACAAACCACAAGAACAACAAAAAUAUAAUAAAAUUCACAUCUAAAAAAUCAGUAGGGAUGAGGAUUUGAGAGAACACAGUGGUUACUGCUUCGGAGGCCUGGGGUUUGAUUCCCAUCUCAGUUAGCAUAUUUCUGUGUGGCUGUGUUUUGUUCGUUUUUUUUUUUUCUCUGUAUAAUCUGACUUUGCUCUCACAUCCUAAAGAUGGGCAAGUUUGGUUGUGCCAACUGCUGCUGGAAACAGCCCCAGCACCUCCAAACCAAAAAUUGGAAUAAGUGAGUUAAAGAAAGGGGUGGAUAGAUGAGCUUAAAUUUCAGAUCACCUCAUGGGGAAAGCUUCUUCAUUUUUGCAGUCUGUUAAGACCAAAAAUUAAAAGCAAGACCAAACACGGGAACUUUUUGCAGUUCUUUUUGUUUUGCUCAUGUUUAGGGAAAGUAUUUAGUUCCUGGCUAUAUAACAGACAUGCCUAAAAUACAUUAUCUUACAUUAUCCCCAUUAUCUAACAGAUAAUAACAGUAAAAAAACUAAGCAUUUAGAUGCUAACAUUUUACUUGUGUAGAUACCAGGGCAACUAAUAAUUAAGUUUCAGGGUAUACAAAUCCCCCCACCCUCUCAAAAUGAUGUGUAAAUGUAUGUCUCUCAUAGUCCUCAGUUUAUGAGGGUCUCAACAGAAUUUAUAUUCACCUUUUGGACGGCUUCAUUAUGUGUUGACAAAUACUCGUGUAUAAAGUUUCUCCAGCAUUGGCAGUGGUUUGCCAGUCUGUGGAAUCCUUUGAGUGACAUAUUAAGAUGCACAUUUGUGUUAAAUGCCCAUGCACUGGCAUGAGCAGUUCUGGGAGUAUACCCACCACAAGUAAACUCCCAAAACUACCAUAUGUGUUGUAUUUUGGUAAUCUGCAUCUCAGUAGCUGACAUUGGGUUAAAUUCCUGAAAAUACAAAAGAAACUGUGAGUGACAAGCCAAGAAAACAAGAAAAGUUUUUAACUGUCAGUAUACACUUACGUUACAUUAAGAUGCCUGAGCCUGACACUGUAGCACUUAGCAAAAUACAGAAACAAAACAAAAAACCCUGCACAGGAGAGUAGUCCACUGAGGGGAGUACAUGCCCUCACUAUCUAGACUAGGACACUCAACAGUUAAAUAAAUUCUCUGAUGUGAAAGAAAACUAGAACAUCUUGAAAAAGUACACAUGGGGAGAAGGUACAGGCUCUUCCUCUGGCCAGGAUUUGAACUUGGGCCCUGGAGAUAUGAAGCAGUGUCACUAACCAUUACACCACAAAACACUUUCAUGUCAUGCCUAUUAAGAUAAAUACUGAAUUGUCUUUUUCUUCAAAUGAUAUGCCAAAUUACUGCCAUCAUUAUUUAGCUGUCAAAAACAAUACACACCUACAGACUUGACCUCCUUUUGUAACAACUCCAGUUUCUUACAGAGAAAUACAGGUGAGUUUACACUCAUGAGGCCCCUCAAUCUCUACUCAUUUAGGUACCUUAUCACUAUAUUCAUUUAGUUGGUCAAGCUUUUAACUGACUGAUCCAGUAAUCUAAUGCAGAGAUGGCACAGUGUCCACCUCAACAACAUUGUCAUGGCAGUAUACUCAACGGCAGCAGUCUGCUCUGUUUAAAAAGGUGCUUUCUGGGUUUUUUUGUAAAUACAUUUUAUCCUCUUAUACCCACAAUGUAAAGUAUUCACUUAUCAUAGGAGCCAAAUACAUAUUGAUUUUUUGGUAAGGGCAAAGCAAGUCUUUGGAGAAUAAAACACUGCAUAGCACUCUUUAAAUGGUUGAGACUUUUAAGUGCGAGUUAGAUGUAUUAGGAAUAAUGAUGUAUGACUUUCUUGCUUGUAACCCGAUUUGGACAAAGCCGGUUUAAAGGUGAUCAGAUUGAUGGAUGUUAACUUUCUACUGAAAAUGUUGCCUACUUUAAUCAUUUGGUAUACAAACUGAAUUGUGAACAAUUUGUCUGUAAAAAUCUCUUAAAUCUUGGGAUAAUAAAAAAGAUAAUGCUGGUAUA